AUGAGCAAGAAAUCGACAAAGGCUACGAAGGAGUUUCGGCAGUAUGAGACGGGCGACCCCGUCCUUGGAAAAAUUCGCGGAUAUCCACCGUGGCCUGGCGUUGUCGUCGAUCCUGCGUCCGCGCCGCCCGCGGUGCAGAGCGAGCAUCCGCCCGGCAAGAAGGCGACGUUCCAUUGUGUGCUGUUUUUCCCUACUGGUGACUACGCCUGGCUGCACGCCAAAGACAUGUCCGCGCUGAAACCGCACGAAAUCGACGCGUUCCUCGCGGACGAGACGAAGAAGCGCAACGGCGAGCUGCGCGAGGGGUACCGCAUCGCGCGCGACCCGAAGGCGUGGAUGCUCAAGCGGCUCGAGGCCGCGCAGGCGAUGCAGGAGGCCGAGGAGAAUGCGCAGGUCGAUCAGCUUGAGAGUGAGGGUGCCGAGGGGGGUGAGGGAGUAGAGAAUGGGGUGGAUGGGGAGGGGGAAGGGGGGAAGAAGAAGGGUAUGGCGGGGAAGAAGAGGAAGAGGGAGAGGGAGAGUGAGGCUGGAGAGGGUGUGUCCAAGCCCGCUAAGAAGAGCGCGAAAGCGAAGAAGGACAGCGCGGAGCCUGUCUCAUCUUCCACUACCCCCGCGGGCGCAGCGAAAAAGUCGUCAGCUAACACCACCAACAACAACAACGCGAACGCGUCGUCGGUAAAGUCUGGUGGGAAAGGGCGGAAGAACGGAGCCAAGUCGAAGAUGAAUGUUGAGUCGGAGGAUGAUGCGGAGGGCGCGGAGGUGGAUGCUGCGGAUGGUAUGGGUGGGGGUGGGGGUAAGGCUAAGGCUAAGGGGGAUGGUGUAGGAUCGGGAUCGAGUUAUAAGAAGGAAACGGAGAAACCUUCGCCGCCCCCUGCGAAGAAGGCCCGCCGCGAUAAAGAGGAAGAUGCAGAUGACAGUAAAACUGGCGACCCGCUCUCGAUGAAAGUCCGCGAUUGGAGACAUAAACUCCAGAAAACAUUUUUGAGCGCAAAAGCUGUUGCCAAACCCGAGGCUAUGGCUGAGAUUGAUCAGCUUUUCACGACUGUUGAGACGUAUGAGGAGAUGACGAUUGAACAGUUGCAGAUCGGUAAAGUAAUGCGCCACAUUGCCGCGCUCCCGGACGAUAAGAUGCCCCCGAGGGACUCGGAGUACAAGUUCCGUGCGCGCGCGAAGGGGUUGGUGGAUAAGUGGCAUGCGAUUUUGAAUGCGAAUCGGGGUGCUGCUGGCGCGGGUGCGGGUGCGGAGGAGGGAGGUAAGGAGGUUGGGGCUGGGGCUGGGGAGAAGAAGGAGGAGAAGGAGAAGAAGGAAAAGGAGAAAGGGGGUAGAGGGGUGAAUGGGAAGGAUACCAAGGAAAAAGAAAAAGAGAAGGAGAAGGAGAAGGAGAGUAAAGAGCAGGAUGCGGAGGGCGAGCAGGAUGUUGAGAUGGGUGAUGCGGAGGGCGAGCCUGAACAUGAGCAUGAAGGUGAAGCUGUAGCUGUAGCUGAGCAACCUGCGCCGACCACUGCUGCUGCUUCUGCUGAGGAGGGUACGGUGGACGCGGCGAAGAUGGAUGUGGAAGAGGAAAGUAAUAAGAAUCAGGAGGAGGCGAAGAAGAAUAAGGAGGAGGCCGAGGGUCAGGGAGGAGAGGAGGCUGUGACGAAGACUGCCAAGGGGUUGGAUUUGAAUGGGGAUGGUACCGCCGCCUCCACCGCUGCUGCUGCUGCCGCUCCCACUGCUGCUGCUGCUGCUGGGGAAGACGAACAAGAUGCACAUGCGGACGCGGACGCGGAUGCGCCGAUGGCUGUUGAUGCGUGA